GCUUUUGCAAGUGAAGGUUGACAAACGUGUCCCGUCCGGGAUUGUGCCCUUCUUGGAAACCUCUGCUUUUCAGGGAGGAAAACGGGAUCAGAAAAUUGACGGAGAAUGGAGGGUCGUGUGGUCGUGAAUGAUGCCAUUCCUCUUCAAGUCGCGUGGUUUUUAGACGUUAAGGACUCGAAGCUGCAAGCCGGAAUCUUGUACUCCCUAAUCUGUGGGUUUGAUUUAUUUCGUUACCUGAAUUUCAAAGGUAUGCUUAAGUCAAGGCAAAUGAACGUGUCCGAUUUUAUCAGAAGUUUGUAUUCAGAUGAAGUAAUCAGGAAAAGGCUGCUUAUUGAUGGGGACGGAGCAGGAGAUGACAGAAGGAUUAAUGUUCUCAUGAAGAGCUUCAUCAAAUGGUGUAAUUCCGGCUCUCAAGAGGAAGGAUAUACACAAUACCAGCGGAUGUUAGGAAGUCUGACACAAUGUGAAUUCUCAAUGGGGAAGACGCUGCUUGUAUAUGACAUGAACUUGAAGGAAAUGGAGAACUAUGAAAAAAUAUACAAAGAUAUUGAGCAAAGUAUAUCGGCUGCCCAUGAAAAAAUAGCCGAGUGUAAAAGAGAAAUUCUUCAAGCAAAGAGAAUCCGGAAGAAUAGGCAGGAAUACGAUGCUUUAGCAAAGGUAAUUCAGCAGCAUCCAGACCGGCACGAGACACUCAAACAGCUUGAAGCUCUUGACAAAGAACUGCAGCGCCUCUGCCAUAUAAAAGAAAGCGUAGAAGAAAAGCUGGAAUUGAGAAAGAAACAGUUUCACGUCCUAUUGAGCACCAUCCAUGAACUUCAGCAAACACUGGAAAAUGAUGAGAAAUUUUCAGAAGUUGAGGAGUCCCAAGAAAGCCACAUGGAAACAGAAAGUGGGCAGUGAAAGCAAGCUGAACUCGUAACUGUACGCCAUACCUUUCAAAUUGUUCAGAAACCUACAGUUGGUAACAUUGCUUGUGGUUCUGAAAGGUUUAGGUUUCUAUUACUACUUUUGAUUUUGUGUAAACUCGGCUUUGAAGAAGGCCUGACCCUUAUAUUUGUAGAGUCCUGUGCGUGUGCUGCGGACAGGUCGAGAGUAAAGAGUAUAGAAGAGCGAGCUCCUGCUCUUCUGUAAAAGCCACUUUUCAAAAAUGUGGCAUUGUAUUUAUAUUCUCAGUCCUUUUUGAAAUUUUAUUGAAAUUCCGUAGUCAAUUAAACCAUUUUCAGUGCGUUUCAGGUUUUGUCAUAUGGUUUCAUUUUUUGUUAUUUUCCAGAAUAAUCUAAGCUGAUUUAC